AUGGAUCUUCUACAGACGGUGCGCAAAGAGGGCAGCCGAGGCGGCCGCGCCGAGUUCAAGUGGGAAGACGUCAAGAACGAUGCGCAGCGCGAAAACUACCUCGGUCACUCGCUCAUGGCACCAGUGGGACGCUGGCAGCAAAACAAAGACCUCAGCUGGUACGCAAAAGGCGACACCGAAUCCAAAGAAGCCGAGGCUGCGCGCAUCAAGGAGGAAAAACGCAAGCUGAAGGAGGCAGAGGAAGACGCCAUGCUCGCAGCCAUGGGCUUGCCAGUGCCAGAGCGGAACAACGCCAACUUGACCCCACUGGGCGGACGGGCGCAUGAGGCGGAAGUCAAGGAGGCAAUCGAGGAGAAGGCAAAGGACGGCGAUGAGGGAGACAGGGCGAAGAGGAAGGACAAGAAAGACAGGUCGCGGCGACACAGAGACGAUGGCGAUCACAUCACGACCGCUCACGAUCUCGUGACAGGCGGAGGGACGGUGAUCGAGAGCGCGACAGAAGAAGACACCGUUCACGAAGCCGCGACCAUAAACGACAUGACGGCCAUGUCGAGCCUCGGAGAGAACGCAGGCCAGACGAAGAACGCCCACGAUCGCGCUCACGCUCGAGGGACCGCCGCCGCCGGCGUGAUUCGAGAAGCAGAUCACCAUACAAGGCCGAGAAACGGCGAGACUGAGCACGCCUGA